GCGGCGGCGGCAGCAGCACGGCUCGGUCUCUGGCCCCUUCACUCCGCGCCUUCUGCAACCGCGCGGCGGGGGCUCCCUCCCUGCAGCCAGCUGGCGGCCCCAGCCUGGUGCCUCCGCGAAGGAAAAGGGCGCGCGGAGACGCAUUCGAGGUGGGACCGGAGAGGAUCUCCCGGGCGCCGCUCGCUCCUUGGCCGGCUUGCUUGCCAGCAGUUGCUCCCUCAGUCCUUGGCUCUCGCGCGCACCCUCUCCCGAGCCAGGGAGUAGUUUUGGGUGGCGUGGGCUCCGUCCUCAUUUUGGCUGGUGGGAACAGCGUACCCAAGAGAGGAAGCCUGGUGGGCCCGGCCCCUCCCAGCCCAGCGCCGAUGAGUGCCAGGGCGCCGAAGGAGCUGAGGCUGGCACUGCCGCCGUGUCUCCUCAACCGGACCUUUGCUUCCCUCAACGCCAGCGGCAGCGGCAGCGCGGGGGCCCGCGGGCCAGGCGCGGGCGGUGGCGGCGGCACCUGCAUCACGCAGGUGGGACAGCAGCUCUUCCAGUCCUUCUCCUCCACGCUGGUGCUGAUUGUCCUGGUCACCCUCAUCUUCUGCCUCAUCGUGCUGUCCCUGUCCACCUUCCAUAUCCACAAGCGUAGGAUGAAGAAGCGGAAGAUGCAGAGGGCUCAGGAGGAAUACGAGCGGGAUCACUGCAGCGGCAGCCGCGGUGGCGGGGGGCUGCCUCGGCCAGGCGCGCAGGCCCCAAACCACGCGAAAGAAACCCGGCUGGAGAGGCAGCCCCGGGACUCUGCCUUCUGCGCCCCCUCCAUCACCUCUUCCUCCUCCUCCUCUUCAUCCCCCGGCCUUCCGUGCCAGGGUCCCUGUGCUCUUGGUCCUCCGCCGCCAGCCCCCAGUCCAAAAGGAGCACACGCAGCCUCCUUCUGCUUGGACACAGCUGGCGAGGGCCUUUUGCAGACGGUGGUACUGUCCUGAUUGUCUAGCCCCUCUCCUCUCCCCUUCCUCGUUUCCAGAAUCUGCCGUCCUUGCUUUCCCCCCCUCCUUCCUUCCUUUCCAUUUUUCUCGGACCCUUCUUUCCUUUUCCUUUUUCCUUAUCUGCCCUCCCCUUUCUCUGUUUCUCCUCCGCCGAGGCACUGUGCGGUAUUUGUAAAUAUUGGGCGAGGAAAGUCUCGAAAGAAGAAAUAAUGCUGAUAAUAAUACUUUAUUAAUAUUUAUAGUAAUUAUUAUAAUACUAAUAACACGAUCCAAGCGCAUGACAAGUCACAUAAUUUCUCAUUGUCAAUGAAGGAUGCAUCUUCCCUCUCCACCCCGCGUCCCCCUCAGUAAGGAGGAGAAACCGCACAAGCUACCAAAUAUAUAAAAGGCAUUGACCCUUGGGGCAAAGUAAGGGGACGGGGCCCGGUAAUGUUGUACAUAGCUGUCAAGUUAAGGUUUAGUUACCUUCCUUCCCCUCCGUUUCCCAAGCUUUCACUUUUCUUUUAGCUUUCCUCUCUUCCCCAUUCUCACCCUCAACUGGGCUCAGGCAAUAGUAUAUGAUAAAGAAAACGUCUACAUUAAGCACCAGGACUACAGAGAAAGUCCCAGAAACGUUUAUGACAGAUCCCCCUCUCCAGUCACAGCCCUCUUUUCACCUGUUGGCUAACCAUUACCAUUUCCAGGUCAGAGCAUUUUAAUUUACUUUAAAAAAUGUCCCUCGCUGGCCGAGCAAAAGUACAUUAAAGAUCUUUAAAUGAGUAGAAAGAAAGAAAGAAA